AUGGGAGGGCAUUCAGAAAGCUCAGAACUUGACGUUGUAAAACCUUAUCAGGAUAGAGGCUGGGCUUGGGUUGUCAUGUGUAGUGCCUUCUUAGUUCAUUUUUUGACAGCUGGCUGUGAAAAGGCGUUUUCGUUAUGGUAUAUUGAAAUUUUGGAAGUUUUUGGUACGAAUUCAGCCACAGCUGCCAGUCUCGGAGGAUUCAGCGCUGCAGUUCGUUUAGUUUUAGCUCCGAUCACUGUCAUGCUUUGCACCAAGUUCACUAUCCAGUAUGUAGUAAUGGCUGGCGGAUUAUUAUCAUGCAUUGGAAUGAUCAUCGCUGCCCGUACCACAUCAAUUUGGGGUCUUUAUGUGGGUUUUGGAGUAAUAUAUGGUUUGGGUCUUACUCUCGUAUUUACGCCUGCUCUAAUCGUAUGUACCAUCUAUUUUGAAAGACGUCGUGCCACAGCUCUUAGUCUUUCUCUUGCUGGUGCAGGUUUUGGUGCAUUUUUCAUUCCUCAAUUAAUUACAUAUUUGCUACAAAUCUAUGGCUAUCGAGGUGCCAUGCUACUAAUGGCUGGAAUAGUUCUGAACUACGUUGUAAGUGGGGCUAUAUUCUUCACCCCAAUUGAAGAAAAAGUGGAAAAAACAGAAGAUACAACGAUUGCAUUAGAGAAGCCUGCAUCUUUCCUAGCCCGAAUCAAAUCAAGCUUUAUCUUCCUCGAGUUACUUCGAGAUGGAUGGUUCAUGCUCUUUAUUUCUUCCUUCAUUUUUAAUAUGAUGGGUUCGGGACCCGUUACUAAUCUUAUUCUUCACUAUGCCGAAGAACUUGGGACAAACGUAAAGGUCUCUGUCUUCUUAUUUGCUAUUGAAGGAGGUGUUCAAAUCUUUGCACGAAGUCUGUCUGGACUACUUUUUGAUCAGAAACUUAUAAAAAAGUAUCGAGGAAUUGUUUGGUGUGCUGAUAUCAUUUUAUCUGCCACAAUUGUAUGCUUAUUUGCUGCAGCAACAAACUUCAUCACUCUCUGCAUACUUAUGGGCUUCAGGGGCCUCUUUCUGGCUAUCUACAUCUCCCAUCAAACUCUCAUGACUUGUGACAUGCAUAACAAGCCCAAAGACUCUGGUUUGCUCCCGCAUGCAAUCGGAAUGACCCAGUUCUCUAAAGGCAUUGGUAUCCUUUUGGGAUCAAUGAUUUCUGGUAAGCAAAUAUACUUCUUUACUUAA